GGGCCGCAGUUCUUCCCCUCACCAGCUCUGGACGACAGAGAUUUAUCCUCGUCAUAUCUUUUUCCUUUGAAUGAGUUUUAAUUGUUUCUGUGUGUCAAGUGGAUUUUGGUUGACUCGAGCACUCUACAUUCUAAAGGUUCCUCAAGGUUCCUUAAGGUAUCUGGCGCGUGGGGUUUUUGCUUGCGCACAAUGGGGAUCAAAGCAGCUCUUCCUAAGUAUGAGCUCUAUUUUUAUUAUACGGUGCUGUCCAUGGCAAUGCUCUGGGCUGCCAGUUGGAUUUUCGAGGCGUCCAGCUCGAAUGCAAACCGGAAGUCCUUUAAGUCCAACAUUCAGCCAGGAUGGUACUACUUUGGCAGAAAAAUGGACACGGCUGAUUCCGAGUGGAUGAUGUGGUUCUCUACGUUCCGUGAGCACAUCAUCUUCGCCCUGUCUGGCCACGUCUUAUUCGCCAAGAUCUGCUCCAUGCUGGCUCCUCAGUACAGGUCGCUGGUUUUCAUGGUGUACGGUGUUCUUGCCGUUCUCACGAGUAUGGGUUGGACCUACGUGAUGCUCAUCCUCUCACACUGCAUGCUGCUCUACAGCAUCUCGCUUGUCAAACUCCGCUGGCUCUGUUUCACCUCCGGACUCAUCACACUCGCCACUUUUAAGAUGGAACCCUUUGUUUCCUGGCAGGCUGAGUUCGUGACCGGAGACUUUUCUCUCCGUCCUGUGCUCUUUUAUGGUGGUUGUGGCUUCACCAUCAUGCGCUGCAUGAGCUUCGCUCUGGAGAACUGUGAGAGGAAAGAGGGUCACUACAACAUCCUGGAGCUGCUCAAGUACAACUUCUACCUCCCUUUCUUCUACUUCGGACCCAUCAUGACCUUCGAUAAAUUCUACGUCCAGGCUAAUAAUCCAAAUCUGAGUCGUAAAGAGAGGGAGAUGUGGAACAUUUCCAUCCAGGCCUUAUUACACUUAGGAGUUAUUAUCAUGAUUGCCAUCGUCUUCCACUUCAUGUAUAUUCUGACUCUUCCAAAUGACCUGAAGCUGCUGAAGCACCUCUCAGACUGGACUAUCGCUGGUUUGGCGUAUAUGAACGUGGUGUACGACUGGGUGAAAGCCGCCGUGAUGUUCGGUGUUAUAAACACAGUGUCUCGUCUGGACCACCUGGAUCCCCCGAAACCUCCCAAAUGCAUCACGAUGCUCUACGUCUUCUCUGAGACGCACUUCGAUCGAGGAAUCAAUGACUGGCUCUGCAAGUAUGUGUAUAACUACCUCGGUGGUAAACAUGAGAACGUGCUGGACGAGUUGAUCGCCUCGCUCUGUACGUACGGCAUCGCGGCGCUGUGGCUCGGGCCGGGCUGGGCCAUCCUCACCUGGGCUUUCUUCAACUGCUUUGGUCUCAACCUUGAGCUGUGGAUGGCCAAGAUCUUCUCCACGGAGCCCCUCUGUACCGUUGAGAUGUCGAUGUCCGAAUCCAUGUCUCGCAGAAUUAGAGCUGUCUUUAAUACCUUCAACUUCUGGAGUAUCAUCCUGUACAACAUUCUGCUCCUCAACAGCCUUGACUUUGCGAAGCUCGUUGCCAAAAGGUUACUGCUGAAAGGUUUCCCCUUAUCCACCAUCACCGUGAUGUUUGUGACCUAUUGCUUGGUCCAGAUAAUAAAAGAAAGAGAAAGAAAGCAGGCUUUGAUUGACGACCCAGAUCCUGUACCACCUCCUGCCCCCGCCCCCCCUCCAGCUACCGUCAAACCACAAGCUGAGGCGUCACCCACUGCUGCGGACCCCAACAAGGAAAAGUCUGAGUAGGAAGACUUUACUCUGUAAGGCUAUUUUUAAGGAUCCAAGUUGCAUAUUGAAAAUAAUAGACCUGAAGCGAUAAUCUCAAUUACAUAACUUCAGAAAUUUAAUUCAAUUUAAUUCAACUCAAUUCAAUUUUAUUUACUGUAUAUACUGUAGCGCUUUUACCAAUGAUCAUUGUUGCAAAGUGGCUUUACAGAAUCAAAAAGAAACUAUAUGAAUUUUUACACAGAUACAAUUACAUAAUAUCGUUGUAAUAAACCUUAAACAAAUUCACUGACAAUAAACAAGAACUUUUAUCAUGCACAGUUCACAGUUAAUCACUGCAGAUUUUAUAUGAUGGAACUG